AUGUCCAAUAUCUUGCACAAGGUGAAGGACGUCGUGACCGGUCAUCAUCACGGCAAGGAGUCCAAGGAUUCGAACAAGCGUCAGCCUGGCGCUAGCUCGGGAACUGGCCCCUCUGAGUCGAGCCCUAGCGCCGGCAAGUACAACCCAAAUGAAUAUGCCUCCGGAACUGGUGGUGCCGGCCGUCAGGUUCCGACCGAGUAUGGGUCUCAGCCAGCUGCUGGCCAGUACGGCACGGGCACGGGCACUGGCACGGGCGAUUAUGGAAGACCUGAAGGUGGCAGCGCACCGGGGGGCAGCAGCUAUAGCACCCAACCGGGUUCUGGCCAAUACACCGAGGGAACUCGCAGGUACGAAGACUACUCCAAACUAGGAUCCCUGCCGGAGUCGGAUCCUCGCCAUGCCACCGGAGGUACGCAGCAGCAGCAGCAGCAGCGAAGCCAAUGGUAA